GACGUGGUCGCCAUGUUCGUAUUGAUACGCAAAUCACUCAUCCGGAUCCGCAGGAUCCUUUGUUGAUCGUGUAAAUAUCUUGAAAAGACGUCGGGGAUGUGGUUUGUCUGUACGGAGUCACCAUGUAGGCAUAACGUCCAGAGACACCAUGCAUAUGAUAUUUGGAUAAGCUUCUACUACUAUGUCCAGGGUCGCUGUGGACGCUCCUCUGGCUAAGGUACUUGAUCGCGUCCAUGGUUGCUGUGGACAUGCUUCCUGGAUAAGCCUACCCUGAUAUCCACGGUCACUAUGUAGUCCCUGAUCUUCUACUAACUUGCGUCCACAGUCGUUAUGUACAAUCUUUUAUCUUCUAACUCGCGCGUGGUCACCACGUACGAGCUCUUCUUAUACCUUACCAUCAUCCGUGCAUAGUUACCAAGCACAUCAACCUCUAACUGUUUUUCAUUCAUGUUAACCCGGUCAACAUUUAUCCAUGGUUGGGAUAAUUAUACCAUCACAAGCCCCCCACUCCCUAAGCCAAAUAGCAUAUUGGCUAUAGGGAGUAUAGAGACACAGUUGCCGUGGCCAUAGGAGUACACGGUCACCAUAGCCGACUAGCAUAUGGGGAUAGAGAGUGUAGAUACAUGGUUGCCAUGCCAAAUCUGAAGUGUACAUGGUCACCAUGUCAAUACUUUUGUCUUUUUACAAUUCAAUCACUUAAAUCUUAUCUUUUAACAAAAUUGGUAUUUUAUAUUCCCAAUUUUACUUUUUCCCUGGCAGCCUCGUGGAUAAGGGUCAACCACCGUCAUAGCUGUUCUGUCCAGACCGCAGCUCGCCGGAAACAAGGCCAGCGUCGUCCGCCGCUCGCCGGCGUCCAUCCGCCCCACCAGCAAGCCCACUCGGAGUUCCAGUCUGCCACGCCCUUCAUCAGUUUUCACCGACCACCGCGAGUAAGAGAGACAGUCCAACUCCACCGUCGCAGUGACCUAGCGGGUAGCUGGCCAUUGAAUUUCUACAGAAAAUCUCAGCACCGCCGCCAACUUUCUUUAUUUCAGUUCACUGCUUAUCUUCUCCGUUACUCUGUCUCAGUCGCCUCCCCUGUGUAUUCUAGGCCGCAGGCGUUUUCGGGUGAAGAGUACUGCUGCCGUCGGACGUCGGUUUUCCGUUUCCGUUCUUCCCUGGGUGUGGAUCUACGACUUCAAGCCGCCGCCGCUUGUCAGGGUACGCAGGAAUAGCUGUUAAUACCUUAUGGAUAUACUGGACUCCAUAGACUCUGAUGAAUUGCUCAGUGGUGACGGGGAAUUAGUGUUGGAGAAUUUUCCUCAUCCCUGGGCAGAUGUUAAUUCUGAUGUUGAAGAAAUUAGUCCCAUAAAGCCACGAGCCGCUUCAGUCAAACCACCAAAACGUCGCUACCGUGGUCCGUAUCCACCCUUAGACCCGAGCCCCAUCUUACACUACAGGUCGCGCCUCUCAGUUUCCAAGUUUGAAAAGUAUAAGAAAUUUUUUCCGUCCACAGUGACUGUCCGAUGUCCCGAUUCGGAGGAUAUUGUAACCGAUCCUCCUAAAGGUCACUUUUUCGGGGUGCAUAUUCUUUCCAUAAAAUUAGGAUUCCGCUUUCCCACACACUCUUUGAUUAUCGAGUUUUUAAAUGAUCUUGAAAUUUCACCUUGUCACUUGACUCCGCUCGGUCAUCAAUAUCUGGUAGCUUUUCUUGUCCGGUGUGAGACACUUGGGAUUGAACCGUCCCUAGACCUCUUCAAGCACAUGUUCCGAGCUGGGCAGUGCUCGGCAUCUGAUAGUCUGUCCUGGGUGUCUAUCUCUCAGCGCAACCACUUUGACAUGUGGAAGGUCACUCGUAGCAACGAAGCCAAUUGGAAAGAAGAAUUUGUCUAUGUGUCGUCUGGAUCUCCGUUACCUUUUUCAUCGUCUUUGAAAUGUCGAUUUAAGAAGUAUUCGUACCCGAAACUUCCAGUUGACCAGGAGACAUGGCCGGCUAUGAUUCUUUCUGGAGGACCGUAUAGCCUCUCUGCCUUUACUUCCGAGGACCGCCUAACCACGGUUGGACUCUAUUCGCCGUCACCAUGUUCGGGUGCACACGCAUCCACGUCCACGGAUCAAGAUAUGACAUCGCGGUUGGAGAUGUUCCAAAGCUUCGACCAGGAUGGGCCUCGCGGUAGUGACCAGGGGCGCUCUGACAAGAAACCAAGGGUUCCCUCCGUCACAAAAGGCAAGGAUGCCAUUGUAACUGUGCCUUCAUCCAUUGCAAAACGCAGGGCCGCUAGCCCCGCAGCCCGCGUCACCCGUAGCAUGAGUGAUAUUCCCACGGCGGGGAUGACUACUUGGUUACGAGGUAACCUUGAGUUACCUCCGCUCUUAUCACAGGUGAUCACGGCGACUGAGAAGGAGAAAAUUUCAACACUUGACCAUGCUGCUUUAGAGAAGAGGAGCCACCAUGGCCUGGCCGAGCUACUGUUGUCCAUCUCCGAGGUGAACCGAAGGAAAGAUGAGCGCGAAAAAGAUUUGUCGCUACAACUCACCGAAUUAGCGAAGGAGGUGGCAUCGCUCAAGCUCGUGCGUGACUCACAUGCAGCCGAGGUCACUAUGCUUAAAGAAAUGCACGCCGUGGAGUUGGCCAAUGCAAGGGGGCGGGCCGUGGAUGCAUACAAGAAUUCUCCAGAGUUCGUGUCUGAUCAGGAAGCAUACAUUAAUGCCCACUUGAACGAUAUUAGCAAGCAUUGGUUGUCUACUCCGGAAGGUCGUGAGAAACUGGCCUUAGAGAGCUACAUCUCCUACCAGAUCGGGAUAUAUGCCACUCAACAGAAAGUAUAUCCUAUCUUGAGGGAUAAGGCUGGUGCCUCUUGCAUCACUGAUUGGGGACUUCCUCCUGAGGUUCCCAACCCUGAGAUCCCGGUAGCCAACACGCCCCUGGACUAUAUUCCUUUUGACAGACUCCCCACUGAUGAGGAGCUUGGCGAUCUUCCUUCCGAGACAGAUCACCCAGCUUCGACUGCUUCUGUGCCUUAGAGCAUGCAUGGGAGUGACGGAUGGACGUAGUGUAGACUUUAAUUCUGUCAUGUCUUCAAUUACGAGUACCUGAAUUGCUAAACAUGUUUUGAAUUUCAUAAAAUAAUAAUGAUGCAUGUC